CUUAUUUCCAUGUAGUUUUAUGGAUUCUGUUGGUGAUUUAGUGAUUAUUUGUUGAAGCCCUUUUUGGGAUUUUGCAUAAUGUGGUCAAAUGUAGCUCGGAUUUCACUUUCUGGAAAGCAUCAAGUGAUUCAUUGUCUAGUCCAUCUGCAUUCGCUCUUUGUUUGGUCUGAAUACUAUAUUUUCUGUGUCUAUUAUUUGAUUCGUGGCAGGGAGCCUUGGAAUUGGCAUGGCGAGAAUUAUGGUACUCAAAAGAACUACAGUUUUGAUGCCUCCCGAGUUGCAUGCGCUCGAGUGACCUUGAAUGAAGAAGACCUUUCCUAUAUGUUUGAUGAAGCAACCCCUGUUAAGGAAUGUGGGAAUCUGUCACAUUAUGUUAAUGAUAAUAUGAGCAAGGAACCAGAGGAUAAGAGAGAGGCCCCUUCAAAAGCUAAAAGGCGAAGAAUGCUUCAAUUUGAGACUCAUGUAAUAGAUUCUUCCCUUGUCUGUGAAGAGAUGCCAUCUGCAUUACUAAAAUCAAGGGAGAGGGAUGAUUCAACUGAAGAGGUUUUACCUGAUUCAUCUCAGUGGAUUGCUGGAUUUUCAGAGGAUGCAUCAGCUUCCGGUUAUGAGGGUCUUGAUCAGUCGUGUGAAGGGUGGCUUGCUGAAUAUUUUAUUGAUGCAGAGAUGCUUCUUUGCUCUGAUGAUAUGAAUCUUAGUGGUACGUCUGAUGUUCAAAUUGAUAUUUCAGAGUUGUGCAAUGUCCGACCCGAGUCUCAGGUUGAUGCUGUUCAAAAGCAAGCAAUUCGAACUCCUCGAAAUGUUGUUUUACAAAGGUAGGAAGUCUUUCAUACACGCAACCCCUAAGAUAGUGUCUUCCGUAGCCUACCCAUUUGCUUUCAUUAAACCCUGUGGUUUCCAUGGAGAUGUUACCCUGAAGGAUAUAAACCAGCGAAUCCGAACUCCACCACCAUCAAAAUUGGAACAAAACAAUGAAGAUCUUGCUGCUGCUUUCCCCGCUUCUGCUUUUUCCGGGAAGCCUGUUGUCGG